AGAAAUCGAGGAUAAAGUUUGUUUACCGGUGGUUGGAUUUUGACAGGAUGGAUCGUUUGACGGAUUGCCGGGACGACGAGUAACGUGAUGUAGAAACGGAGAAGUCAGUCACGUUGAGUCUGCUGUUUGCGAAAUUGCGAACGGAUUUCCGUGCGAACUGUCGAAUAGCGAAAAGGAUAAUCCUGGACGGGUUAUUAAUAAAAAGUGACGCAGCCACAGGAAGAGGAAAUGCUCGAUCGAAGCGGCAACGACGCGGAUAAUCUUGGAUAAAGUAUAAAUAAAUAUUAUCGAGAAGGCGACCAAACUUGCGUAAUCCUCGCGGCUAGAGUUUUCAGGCUCGAGCAGGUGCGUGCGACGGGCGCAUCUGGUUAAAUGACACCUGUGCGAGCGUAGUCGUGUAGACGCGUGAAACGAUCGACGAAUGAUCGUCUCUGGAUCCCGAUAAUCAGCGAAUGCGAAGUGAUCGAUCGUUGUAUGAAAAGGUGCGCGCCGUGCGCGUGCCGGCUUCGCGAGAGUGCCGGCGCGCCGGUGCACGAGCGGGUAAACUGAAUUUAACGUUAUGGUAACGUGAAUCGAUCGCAGAAUACCUUCACCCCUCGCCAUCACGAUUUUCCGUGUCCGUGCAUGCACGUAACGGCCAUCGUAAAAACUCUGCGAAGAAGGCGCAAAGGUAAUUGAACUAUCGGCCCGUGUUCCCCCUCCCCCUACCAUUUCCAGGCUAAAUUACCCCGGAGAAACUUUGUCGACUUUCUAUUCGUGAUAACAUCUCCAGCUUGCACGAGCAAAUUCGAGUGGUUCACGCGGUCUCUCGCGAAAUUUCCCGUGCGUGCACUUCUCAGUGGCGAGAUCCAUCGGAUCGAUCCGACCGGUCAGACUUCAAAGACGAGUACGGCAAAGAGAAAGGGGUGAGAACCGCAUACACGACCGCACGUUAGGUUCACUCGGAAGAAUCCUGGCGACGGACACGUGUUAAUACGCUGUCGGUCGUUUGGAGGUGAUCAAUCAGCUCGAAGAGUCUCUGUACCGGGGAAUCGAGUACGUCUAUCAAAAGAAGCUGGUAGAAGAUUAAUGCCUUACCUACUUAAGGUUAACGAGCGGAUGUGAACGUGUAUAUUCAAUAGCGCCGAUUAAGGUUGAAUAGUAAUUUGCUUAUAAUCGUGCAUCUAUAACGAUAUAAAUAAAAUUAAUGCCAAUAAUAUAUUAAACUUGGAAUUCUCGUCGAUUCGUCGAAUUUAUCUUUCAUCUAUGCGGUAUUCAAAGUAGCCAACUUUCACGUACGUCCCUUUGAUCGAAGAAAAAUCGAGAGAUCGUUCGAUGCAUAACUGAUUCCGAGAAGCUGCGCGUAUUUGCCAGAAAUUUCGGACACGUACGUGUCAGGAAAGAUUACCAAUCGGUGGAACGAACGAGUAGACUGACGACGAGGAUUCUCUUAGGUCGUUUGCUCGCGGGGAUCGUUAGCUUGUAAUCGACACUGGGGUCAGCGUUCGCGGCAUAAAUUUUUGUGCUGGCGGAAACCUUAUCGAGCUGCGUGCAGCUUGGAACGUUCACGAAGGUGUGAAAAAGAAGGAAAAAGAGAAUAAGAAGGAAAGUUGGUCUGUUUGUCUGGUCGAUAGAGCUACUGGUAUAUUUAUGUUCCACGAGAGCCCGAAGAUUUACUAGAAAAAUGAUGAAAACUGACAUCGAUGGCCCUUGUAAAGAUAACGUAGCACGUUGCUGGCGCGUUCGAAAUGUUUUAGAAUCCACAGGUCGAUAAAUUCAAGAUCGACAACUUUGGAAACUAGUAGAAACUUCCUCGAGACCGAAAUCAUCGGUGGUUGAAGAAAUUGGCAGCAGUUGAUCGAAGGAGGACGUAAAGAAAUUCUAUCGAAAAGUAACGAAACGGAGAAUCGUAUUUAUUAGUCGCUGCCUUAGAAAGAAACUUACGUGGUAUCGGAAUUAAAAGAUACCGUGCAUUCGCAGGCGUUCCACCAACGUGAAAUUAAUCGGAUUACGAGCCGACGUAGUUAGUAAACGAGGAAAGAACGAAUUACGACGAUUGUUCAGCGGACAAUUGGACUACUUGUUUCGGUGUAAUUCGAAGAAUCUCGACGUAAAGGGAUAGCGAACGGGACGCGAGACGCGUUGAGAAAGUUACCACGGAGAAAAGAGAAGGAUGCUCGUAAUCCUUCGCUGGAAAUCAGCACGGCCGAAAGCAAUUCCAGAAGAUAAACAAGUUCGCUGGGAAGCACCGGAUGCAGCGAUUGUCAUUGAAGUUGAUCAAACCUCGGAAUAGUUUAAUGGCCACGAUAUCAGUUAAACGGGCGAAACUCCUCUCAACAUCUCGUUGGAAAUACACUGUGGUUUAAACUUUUUAAUAGAAGUAAACAAUCUUUUGAGUAAAAACUAACUAAAAUAAAAAGGAGAAAAAUCAUGCGAUAAAAUAGAAGCAAGAUAAGAAUAUACAAUUAACAAUCGAAGCUAUCAAAUGGUUUUGAGGACACGGGAAAUCGGCGUUAAAGAGGAAAUCAAAUCAAACGCUGGAAAGUAUGUGAGAAAUACCAAAGAAAAUGACACGUGAAACGCGGUAAUCCGAACUGGAAUAGAAGCUGGCAUGCAACAGUGUGCCUGAAGGAGUCUUCUCAAGUCUCUUCAGGGACGUUGAACAAAUUACUCGGGCAUACACUGGGAACGCUCGAGAGCAAGAGGAAAGCCAUUAUCAAACAAUUGCUCUACAAAGGGGAACCUUCUCUAUUUUCUUGUACAAAACCUUCCAGCGUAAACGUGACGUUCGUGUUACGAUCGAAAUCCGCGAGAUCUUAUAUAUACUGAAAGAUCAAAUAAUCCUUUCAAUCCCAAACUUUCGAACUUUAAACGACAAGAAGAAAAAGGUAGUCGAUUAAAGCUAGGCCGGUUCACGCGAGUUUCGACGAUUAACCGCAAUUACAGCUACGUAGCUCGUGUUCUAGCGUUUUCAGACGGCCAGCGACGAGUGGAGGAUUUCGUGAAACGAGUAUAUCUACCGGCACGACGUGUUUCAUGGCCUGGAAGUAAUCCGUGGGAGCUUUUCGAAGCUUCGAGCGCCAGCGGUAUUGGUUCGUUAAAGAACCGAAAGAAGUUGGGGCGCAAAGGUAAACAGAGGGGAAAAGGGUAAAAUCGAAGUUUCGUUGGAACGUUGGCGAGCAAGGGAAAAAUCGUGUGUCACGGACGAGCUAUUUUGUACUUUGUCGAGUGAACGGUGUGCAAGUGGAACCGGAUGUAACGGGGGUGUCAGUCAACGGCAAUGACGAGUAUCGAAUUCACGUUGUCAGGCUGUCGUGAUAAAAACUUGACAACGAUAGUAAAAGUCUGUUGGAGAUCGUCGCGUGGCUAAGUAGACUAGAGGCGCGGGCAUGGUGCGGAAGUAGGUUUUCUUUCUUCCGGCUUCUGCUAGAGAAGCGCAGUACAAGUGGCUCCGAAGAGGACGAUGAUGUCUAGACAAAGCAAAGAUCCCGUGCAGAAGUGCCACUCGGACCCAGGUGCUGCAAGUACCGGCAGUACUCCUUGCAGCCCUGGUAAGCGAAUUUCUCGCAGAAUAGUGCCAGGAAUUCCAAGCUCUUCCAACACACGCAAAUGUGUUCUCACCUUGGACGGGUAUAGCUACGUGAUCGUUGCAUCUCCACCGGAUCGAAGAGUCACGAGAGACGAUAUUGCAGUGUCCUCACCCGGUGCAACUCCAAACGUUAAUGCAACUACAAGCUGCACUAGUACAACGUCGUCUCGAUUGCACAACCCUUCCUCGCCUGGUCGGAAUGGCCAGCUAUCGAAACAAGGUACAUUAACGAUAGUACGUCGAAGUUCUGGUAAGAGUAAGAGUAUCGGCGGAAGUUUCGAAAGUUCUCCGCCGCCGCACAGUCCUGACACUCUUUCGUCAAGCCAGUCCGUGGACCUUGAUGAGAUCCUUGAUAAUGUCGAUCUAACGACGGACUCGCUUCCUGCCGUUGACACCCCCGAUGCUUGCGACAAGGCUGCUCUCAGAUUGAGAUGCUUACUGAGGCAGCUUCAACAUGGCGAAAUAUCUGCAGAAUUACUUCAACGAAAUUUACACUACGCGGCACGCGUACUCGAAGCUGUCUUCCUCGAUGAAACCAAGGUGAAUUCAGGAGGGGUUGAGUGCUCUCGGUCAUCGCGUAGGGGUGCGAGCCUGUCAUCUGCAUCCCUGGGGAGCGGCUUGGACUCGGAUGGACAACAGGGCCACGCGGUGGUAACCCAGAAACGGAAGCUUCGCACCCCCGUAUGGGCAAGGCGGCUAGCGGACGAGGACGACGAACUGUCGGAGGUACAGCCGGAUGCAGUGCCACCGGAAGUUCGCGAAUGGCUGGCUUCGACCUUUACCAGACAGCUUGCGACCACGAGGCGGAAGGCAGACGAGAAGCCAAAGUUCCGCUCGGUCGCGCACGCCAUCAGGGCAGGAAUCUUCGUCGAUCGGAUUUACAGGCGGGUCACCAACAUCGCGUUCAUGCAGUUCCCGCCGGAAGUGGUUAGAGUGCUCAAGACUUUAGACGAUUGGUCCUUUGACGUAUUUUCGUUAAACGAAGCCGCAAUGGGAGCUCCAGUGAAAUAUCUCGGCUAUGAUCUGUUGAAUCGAUACGGCAUGAUCCACAAAUUUAAAGUCCCUGCAACAGUGUUGGAGUGCUUCUUGGGAAGAGUCGAAGAGGGUUACUGCAGGCAUCGAAAUCCGUAUCAUAAUAAUCUUCACGCAGCUGAUGUCGCACAGACUAUGCACUAUAUUUUGUGUCAAGUAGGACUUAUGAAUUGGCUGACCGACUUGGAGAUUUUCGCCACGCUGGUUGCGGCGAUUAUUCACGACUACGAGCACACUGGGACCACAAACAAUUUCCACGUAAUGUCCGGUAGCGAUACGGCUCUACUCUACAACGAUCGAGCCGUCCUGGAAAAUCACCACAUCUCCGCGAGUUUCCGGAUAUUGAGGGAAGAUGAAUGCAAUAUAUUACAAAAUCUAUCGAGGGAGGAAUUCCGAGAAUUUCGUUCGUUGGUGAUCGACAUGGUACUCGCAACCGACAUGAGCUUUCAUUUCCAACAACUGAAAAACAUGAAAAACAUUCUGAGCUUGGCGGAGCCUAGCGUUGACAAAAGCAAAGCUGUCAGUCUGGUUCUCCAUUGUUGCGACAUCUCGCAUCCGGCCAAAAGAUGGGAUCUUCAUCACAGAUGGACAAUGCAACUAUUGGAAGAGUUCUUCCGGCAGGGGGAUAAAGAGAAUGCUCUCGGCUUGCCGUUUUCUCCGCUAUGCGACCGUAACAAUACCCUGGUAGCUGAAUCGCAAAUAGGAUUCAUCGAGUUUAUCGUCGAGCCCAGCAUGCAGGUGUGCAGCGACAUGUUGGAGACGGUUCUCGCUCCGUUGAAUAUAAAGGAGAAUGUGGACGAAUCGAACGACGGAUCCGUUGGAGAAAGCAAGAGAUUCAAGAUCGGUAAACCUUGGAUUCCUUGCCUCGGUGACAACAAGAAAAUUUGGAAGGAACAAGCUGUUCGAGACGCCGAGGCAAGAGCGCAAAAGGAACAAGCGCAGAAGGAGCAAGCGCAGAAGGAGCAAGAGCAAAAGGCGAGCAGCGAGAGCCGCGAGGACAGCGACACGACGCAGCCAGCGUCCGAGGAAUGAAAAAUCCAGCGGGCCGUUCUAUUUUUCAAGAAGAUAUGUAAUUUUAGGCUACGAAGAAGCUCGUGAUUCCACACACAGCAGAAUAUCCACCGCGUUGUGUCUGUCUCAGUGACACGUCUAAACGAAUCGCGCGUCGCCAAGAAAGUGAUUUCCCUCGACGAUCGAGCGAACGCGCGAAAGGUCAAGUGUACGAUUAAAAAGAAUACUCCCACGACUAUUUAUACCGUUUGUUCACCACACUACAAACAAUUCUUCACCGAUUUCGCUGUAUUUCGACGAUCACUCCACCUUUUUAUCGAUCGACCAAAAAUUAUCGAUGUCUGUACGCGUCUUCAAUUUCUCGUCUUGAUUUUUCUCGCGGUCGAACGUAGCCUUUGCAUAAUCGAUGCCAUCGACAGUCCUUGCUCUUAUUCUCGCUCUUUCGUUGCCGAGAAAUCUUCGCGAUUUGUAAAUACAACAGAAGCUUCGCGGGAUUUUUCUUACGCUACGCUACUGUCGAGCAGGUCGCGGUCUUUUCGUAGCUUUUAAGCUUUGAAAGUGACGCCUUAACCAACGAUGUUCGAUCGUCGAACACGGUGAUACUAAACGUAAAUCGUCAUCGAAAGAAAUUCAAAUUUUAAGAAGAAGAUGGCUCAAAAUCUUUUUGUUUCGUUUGUGUGAGUGUCGCUCGUCGUAUUUUCUUAAAAGUUUAAAGUACAUAAAUAUCAUUCGUGAAUUCUUGGAAAAUUUACAUUAAAAAGGGGUCAAUAAAGGGAACAUUCCUUCGCAAUUGCUCAAUGAGAACGAAGAUUAAUUGUUGACUUUCGAUCGAUGAAAAAUUCAGUAAAUGUAGGUCAUAGUUGAAUUAUAAUACACAAUGGUAUGACUUGUACGUUCUUUAUAAAGUUAGCAUACUAUUCGAGGAUCGUGAGUUGUCGCUUAGUCACAUCAGCUUUUAACAAACGAUAUCUUUGCGAUUUUUGUUGCAUCAUCAUACAAGUAGUUUGUACUAUCUUUUGAUCGAAGGUAGAGCGUAACGCUCAUCAAAAACAUCGUGUCAAUGUAAUUUUACUCCUGAACAAACGUAUAAUUAAAAUUAGAAAAUUGUUAGGAUUAUAACUAACUGUACGAUGCGAUUCUGUAAUGAAAGCAGGAAACCUAUACUGACAAAUUUAAAGCAGUUUAGUAGCUACAUGUUGGAUUAUAAGGAAAAAAAGAAGCGAGCAAGCGAUUAAGGCGUUACUUUCUCAGCUUACUUUACGCGUAAAUAUUACUAUCAAAACGUAGAAAUAUAGUUGGUCGAGUUUCCAUCGUAAGCGUAGCCUAAAGUUACCAGCUGCAAUAGGCGGCAAAAAUCAAGUACACGUUGACACACACAUACAUCUACACAUGCAGCAAACAAACAUACAUAUAUAAAGAAAAGAAAAGAGAAAGAGAAGAUCGUAAACGUACUUACAAUUAGAAGCACAAUUGUCUGUUCGCGAUGAAGUGGUAGCGCGUGUGAAAGGACGCUAACAUCAACACGUCGACGGGUUUUCCAUAGCGUUUCACCAUUGGAGCGCUGUCUUUGUCCGUACCUGUUUUUUCUUACAAUUAGUGUAUAACUAAGAGCAUACGUUUUUUCAUAGGAACGAAGACUUUCAUCUUUGAGGGAAGAAAAGAAAUAAUAUUGAAUUCGAUCAUUGAACGAGCUAUACUAACUACUAACUGCUCAUAAUCCUCGUUUCUCAUAAAAUCCUUGAAAUUCAUAGUUUCUUAAAGUAUCGAUCAUUUGCUACGAGCACUGAGCCAAUCUCUUGUUCGUAAAUAAUAUUCUACGUUUAUAGGGAGGCAUGAAAUAAAAAUUAUUUGCUAUUUUCAUCUUUUUUUACAAAAUCUUUGAAAUUUCUAAUUUAUUGAAUUUUUUUAAGGAUACUAUAAACCCUGACUUAAACUCACGAACAUCCGUAGAUUUGUAAGUGCGAGUGUUUUGCGUAUAACAUUAGGGUAUCUGAGAAAUAUUACGCAACAUCGAUCAUGCUAUUCGAGUUAUGUUCAGAUCAUCUAUUCAAAUAAAAAAAAUAAAAAGGGUAAAAAAAGCUUAGGAGGCUGCUCGCGCUAAUUCUAAUGGCAUACAUUUCCUUCUUUGUACUUCGUGGAUUUAAAGGAUACGAUGAAAUCUCUAAUCGAGAUUCAAUUUAUUAAUAUAUAAAUCUAAUUCUAAUCGUGUUAUAUGUAAAUUCUCUUCGCUAAUGACCAAGUCAUCAUAAGGAAGAAUUUUCUUUUUCUUUUUUACAAAUACGUAAUAUUUUUAACGCUGGAACUACCAAUAGCUAAAGUAUAAAACUCGUACCAAGCAAAUCAACAUGCAGGAUAUACAGGGUGGUUGGUAACUGGUGGUACAAUCGGAAAGGAGUUGAUUCUACGCGAAAAAAGAAGUCGAAAAUAUAGAAUAAAAAUUUUUCGUUUGAGGCUUUGUUUUCGAGAAAAUCGACUUUGAAUUUCCGCUCGGUACGCGUGCGGCACGUUAUAACGGAUCUCACUGUAGAUCGUUGCCUCGAUGGAAAAAUUAAAAAAAAAAAUAAAAAAAAAUUUUUAUUCUAUAUUUUCGACUUCUUUCUUCGCUUAGAAUCAUCCCCUUUCCGCUUGUACCACCAGUUACCAACCACCCUGUAUAAAGAUAGAUAUAGCGCAGAAAGACCACUUUAUCAAAAAUCAUUGAAAUCCUUCAAAAUAAAUCAUUUUAGAUCUAUGUAUAAAACUAUCGUGAAAAAUUACGAUCCGAUCAUUUUCACUACUCUGCUAGUUCUUACGCCAAAGACACCCUAAUAUUUGAGCAAAACAUAUUUUUCAUAGCUUUACCACAAAUAACUUGAUCGAGAUAAUAGUACGAAGCUUGUAGGAUUGAUAGACGCAGGCUGGCUGUCGCACAAGUGUCGAAUUCCAAGCGAACUUCAUACGAGGAGAACCUGACAUUCUUCUCGACGGGAUGUCGCGAAGUUAAAAGCCUUCGGGCUGCGCUGAGCCCAAUCUUCGAUACGCUCGCGCAAUACGCGUCAGGUUCCCGCGACCAGAAAAGCUUACACUUGCCUUCUCGAAACUUCGACCGGCCGAUUGGCACGGAGAAAGGCGAAAAGUUGCUUCUUUUCCAAGAAGGUCCGAUUUCUCCAGUUCGAUUCACUCGUGAGUUUGCACUUAUAAAGUUUCCGAGAAACUUAGGAUCCCUUACGAAAUUGCUGAGAGUUUCGUUCGAAAUUCGAGACAGAUCGCUGCUUUGAUUCGACUUCUGCAAUAUUUCUCUUUUAAAGUAACUUUCAUAUUAUUCCAUACAUUGAUUAAUUAUCUGUACAGCUUGAAACGCCUUGUUAACUAAAAUUGAUUAAUCGGAUCGUGUUUCACAAGUUAGCCGCGUCGAGGUGCUUCUUAGCAUUUUUCAAUCUUUGCUUCGAUCUCUGAUAUUUACUUACGCUUUACUCGAGAAAUUUGGAAAAAAAAAAGAAAAAAUACAAGUCCUAGUAAAAUUUACACGAUAUAAACGACUGAAAAAUCGAACACCAUUUCGAACCACGUGACGUCUAAUGGGUAAAUAAUAAAUAAAGCGACCGACGCUUAACGAAAAAUAAGAGAAUCGAUGAAAUUGGAUGAGAGAACCGAUUUUUAAACGCGAUAAUCGGAUAAAAGAAGCGUAACGAGUAGAAAUCGGCGAUUGAAGGAAACGAACGAAACGAGAACGGACGAGCAUCGAAUCAGGAAGAAUCGGACUUAAAUCUAGCUGUGUGAGUUAGAUUCAUAGGGGUGUAACGUCGUUGUACAUACUUACAUUAGAUGUGUAUUCGUAUACACGUAAAGGUGCAGCUUUAAUGUAUGUAAAUGUAAUGUAAAAGGGAUAUCACUAGCGUUUACUUAACGUGUGCUAUGUUUCGUGUACAUGUACAUACAUACAUAAACGAGAAAGGGACGGAGUAGGUGUGUUUCUGCACAUUUCAAGCGCAAUGUCGCGAGAAACGCGAACUGGUAAUUACGAACGCGUCUAGUUUGUACGUUCGAUCGAACAUAUCGGGGAAUCGCAUCGUUUUAUCCUGUUAACUUUGAUCGAUUGAACGAUAAGCGAAGAGAAGAAUCCUUUGAAAUCGAGGCUCACAACGUUCGUCGAGAACGACGUAAUGCGAUGUGAACUGCAUUAUAGGAUUUAAUAAACGGAGGAACCUUUAGCGCGCGUACAUUUGUAAGGAACAUAGAGAAUGCAUAGGACAAAGUCUUUCGCUCGAAGAUUAAACAUAUCCGUCCUGUAUUUAUUUGAUUUCUCUCCUUCGCGUACGUGUCGUGUUUCAUUGGCGUAGAAUUUGAUGCUGCUUGGUACGGAUGAGAUAUCGCAUCGCAUUCUGCUGAAUUUCUCGGAUACUAUGAUCUAAAUUAUUCAAGAUAGCUUGUACCAAUGAAAAAUAAUCGAAUUCGACGAUAUGGAACUAAUCGUACGUAAUUUCUGAAAAUGUACCUGCUUUACAAUUCUACAAAUGAUUUUUGAAAUUUACAACUGAAAGUGCUUGUACAGAAUUGCAUCUAAGAUAGUUGAACUAGUGCACGUUACGAUUGAAUUGAAAAUUUCGAUCCCUUUCUAUUCGAACGUGAUGAUAAACGAUGAAGUCUUACGAACUAUAUAUAUCCCACUAUAAAUAUAUUUCAAGCCAAGCGAAAACGCUUUAAUUUAAAAACUUUCUCGAAGCUUUUUCAUAAAGUUUUCUCUUAUGACCGUAUGGGUAAAAAGAAACGAAAGAUUUAAAUCUCAUCCAGGCAAUUAAAACUAAUGGCCGUCAAAAGAAAGAAAUGUAACAUGUUCCAGGAACACGACCCGUAUCUCCUUCAUGUGCGAGUAAGUUAAUUGUACAUACGUGGAACAAAUCGUGGGCGAGAUCAGUUGCCUGUUCGCAACGCAACAAAGGAAUAUUCGCGUGUUUUUUUCUUUAGGGCGAUUUCCCAAGUAAGACUGUGCACGAGGUUCGAAUUCGUUGCAGCUGGUCGUUUCGAAAGCCAAGCACGCUGCUCCAGCGAUUUUAAUGUGUUUGCAUGCUCGCAUUCGUCGCGACGCGAACGCGACCACGCACUUGCCACUUUUGCGUUACGUGCUCAGCACGAAAGUUCAUUUUCCUUACUGCAGCGGACGAGGGGCCAAAACGCGUGAUAGAAUUUAAAGAGAAACAAAAAAGAAAAAAAAAAACAAAAAAGAGACAGUACAUUUGGAACCAUGCUCGUACCAAGAGAAUAUUUCAAUAGGAAACGCGCGAGCGAAAACGCUAUGUUAAGUAGGUACGCAUUGUAUGCUGUCUACUCGAUGUUUUUGAUUUUUGGUUGAUCGUAGUACCACGGUAAACAAAUUAUGAUCGUACAAAAUUGAAUAAUAAUGGUAAGACACGUAGUUUAAGAUGGAGAGAGCUCGAUACAGAAAUUAUCGUAAGGGGAAUUAAUUCUAUCGAACAUUAACAGCCAUUGUAUUUUGUUUUCUCUGAAAGGUGCGUAAUGUUUAGAAGGUUAAUGCGUUUUAAUAAGAAAAUUUGUAACGAAAUUAAUAUUUCGUUGGUUACAAUUUCAAACUCGAUUCGUCGAUUAUACUUCGAAUAUUUAUUAUCUAAAUCUUGAAUCAAAUCUUCGAUGAAAUUGAAUUUACAUUAUGACGAAUACGAUGUACGUUUCGCUAACAGCUGUUUCAAUUUCUAGCAAUCAAUUCUAAAAUUCCAGCAUAAUUUUACAAAAUUAUUUAUUUACUUACCGCAGCUGAACAUUCCAUAUCUACUUAGUUUCAUAAAUUAUGAUACCACCUGCUAAGAAUUUCUCAAUACUUUCUUCCAGUUCAGAUCAACUUAUUUCACCGUGAUACAGCCAUAUCUCCGCGUUAAGACUUCCCGCCUAAAUUUAUCCUACAAAAAUCCAUCUCGUUCUUUCGUCAAGUUAUUUCAUGCACGUUUCUCUAUCGAGCUCUUCGAACUCUCGUUAAAACGAGUCCUCUUCAACGUCAUUCGUAUUCGCGUAUUCGCUCGCGUCGCUCAGUCUCACCUUAAUCGUCUAACUUUUUUCAAACAAAUACUGGCCUUUCCUAGUAGAACAGUGAAAACAAAUACGUAUCAAGGCCACCUUACGAUUCAAAACAUAAAACUAAGAGCCGCGUAACGCGUACUUGAUACGUAUAACCUAUUGUAACGCUUUGCUCUAGGUGUACCUAGUAAAUAAAAUAUAAAAAGAAGCGUAAAGAAAACAGAGAAGAAAAAAAUAUAAUAGCCUGAACGCGACACGUGGCUCGUGUACAGGAGGUCGCGAGAGAAGGAUCGAUAUUGCACGGUAAAGAGGCUUGGAACAACAAUAUUCGACCAAUAAUCGUAAUUCAUAAGAUAAGCUAACUCAAAGAUACACGUACAUAAACACUCACACGCAUACAUACAAUGUACACGUACACCGGAUGUGCGCAUAAAAGAGCACCACUUAAGCCCCAAAGUGUGCAAAAGUUCGAUUUCCAUUGGUUUUCAUAAAGAAACGUUAUAUAAUCGAUAAUACAAUCGAUUAAACAUACAUUAUGAGGAGAAAAUAUGGGAAUCGAACGAAUAUUGUACGCUUUUUAUUCUUUCCUCCAGUUUUUUCGUUCGUCGUUCCUCCGUUCAACGUUCGUUUAAUCGGCACAAUUAACCGCAACAGAUGUGUACAUAAUCGAUAAAAGAAACCAUACAGCACCGUGUCCGUUUGAUGUGAUGUAAUUAAGUAAUAACGUCUAAGUGAAACAAAGAUAUGGUACGGGAGAAUAUAUAUUAAUAUAAAUACAAAAUAUAAAGUAUAAAUACACGUCGUGUAUAAUUAGUACUGUAUUCUGCAUAAAUUCACCGAGAAAUAAAAAAUACUCGAUUA